GGAGCAGAGGAGCAGCGAUGGCGGCGGGGCCGGGAGCGGCGGGCGCCGCUCGGGUCUCCUCAGGCCGCGACCUGAGCUGCGUCCCGGAGGUGGCGGGAGCGCUGGGAGCCGUGGCCAGGCAGGGGUUCGAUUUCCUGUGCAUCCCGCUCUUCCACCCUCGGCACCGCCGGGAAUUCUCGGCUGCGCCGGCGCGGGACCGGCCCGGACCCCAAACCCGCUCCGACCUGGUGCUGGCCGGACGAGACUGGAACACCCUGAUCGUGGGGAAACUCUCGCCCUGGAUCCGCCCGGAUUCGCCGCUGGAACACGUCCGGAAAAACUCCCAAAAAGCCCUGCGUCAGGAGCUGGAUUUCGGCGCUUACCUGGGCCUGGCCGCUCACCUGGUGCCGCUGCGGGGGGGGCACAACCCCAACCUGGCCCGGGGGCUGAGCGCCCACCUGCACAGCGGCCACCACGCCACACAGUUCUGGGUGCAGGUGCCGCUGGUGGCUCCGGAAGAUUCCCGCGAUGACGUCAUCGGGAACGAGGAGGCGCCGGGGGGAGGGGACGAGGAGAACACCUGGGAAUGGUGGCACAAAUUCCGAACCCUCCUGGAUUACAACAAGAGGCUGGCGCUCGCCCUGGAACUGGGCCCGGACCUGCCGUCUGGCCCCGCCCUGGCGCGCUGGCUGGGGGAGCCGGUGCGGGCCGUGCUCCUCCCCACCCGCCUCUUCCUCACCAACAAGAAAGGAUUCCCAGUGCUGGGCCGGGGCCACCAGCGCCUGCUGGGACAGCUGCUCAAGCUGGACGUGCAGAUCAUCGUGCAGGGAGCCCCCAGGCACGGCGGCCGCCCCCUGGCCGCGUACCUGCAGUACCUGGAGCACCUGGGCCAGCACCGGCCCCCGCCCUCGGCCUACGAGCUCUACGCCCGCGGCUACGAGGAUUACCUGCAGAGCCCGCUGCAGCCCCUGAUGGACAACCUGGAAUCCCAAACCUACGAGGUCUUCGAGAAGGAUCCCAUCAAAUACUGCCAGUACCAGCAGGCCAUUUUCAAGUGUCUCCAGGACCGGGUCCCUGAGGGGGAGCGAGAGACGAACGUGCAGGUGGUGAUGGUGCUGGGCGCCGGCCGGGGGCCGCUGGUGGCCGCGGCGCUGCGAGCCGCUCGCCAGGCCGGGGCGCGGCUGCGCCUCUACGCCGUGGAGAAAAACCCCAACGCCGUGGUCACGCUGGAGAACUGCCAGUGGGAGGAGUGGGGCUCUCAGGUGUCGGUGGUGCCGCGGGACAUGCGGGGCUGGGCGGCGCCGGAGCCGGCGGAUCUGGUGGUGUCGGAGCUGCUGGGAUCCUUCGGGGACAACGAGCUCUCCCCGGAGUGCCUGGACGGGGCCCGGGGGUGCCUGAAAGAGGACGGAGUUUCCAUCCCCCAAUCCUACACCUCCUUCCUGGCCCCCGUCUCCUCCUCCAAACUCUACAACGAGGUGCGAGGAUGCCGCGAGCACGACCGGCACCCCGAGGCGCAGUUUGAGACCCCGUACGUGGUGAGGCUCCACAAUUUCCAUCAGGUGGCUCCGCCCCUGCCCUGCUUCACCUUCCAGCAUCCCAAUCCCGAAGUUUCUCCGGAUAACAGCCGCUACACGGAGCUGAGCUGGCGGGUGGAGGUGGGGACGGUGCUGCACGGAUUCGCCGGAUACUUCGAGACGCGGCUCUACGGAGACGUCACCCUGAGCAUCCGACCCGAGACGCAUUCCCCGGGAUUGUUCUCCUGGUUUCCCAUUUUUUUCCCCAUCAAGCAGCCGGUGCCGGUGCGGGCGGGGCAGGAAGUGUCGGUGGCGUUUUGGCGCGUGGCCACGCCCAGCAAGGUUUGGUACGAGUGGGCGGUGACGUCACCGGCGUGCUCCGCCCUCCACAACCCCAGCGGCCGCUCCUACACCAUCGGCCUCUGACGGUCACGUGACCCGUGACGUCACACGCGCGCGGAAUAAAAACCGCCCCUCCCCCGCGCAGA